AUGUCAGCGCUGCGGACAUUCUCCUCUUUACUCUAUCCUAACUGUAGACCAGCAAGCUUAGCUGGAAUGUUUUCCGCAAAUCUCCCACUGACAUCAAAUGCUUGGGUUACGUAAAAAGUAAAUCAGUUGAACCAGAACUAAAAUCUUGAGUACCAUUUAUGUUACGUAGUCUGAGAUUACAGAAAAAGGUAUAUUGGCAAGGUCUGAGCUAUGCGCACAGACCUCAAGUGUACUUGAGUGAACCAGCCUACAGAGGAUGGGUACUGUAUAUGGAGUCUCUAACCUGUGUUGUGUGUGUUCUUCUGACAGACGUGGACGACUGCCAGUCCAACCCGUGUCUAAACGGAGGCACCUGCAUUGACAAGAUCGACUCAUUCAUCUGCCUCUGUCUGCCCAGCUACGCAGGAGACGCCUGUGAGAAGGGUAAGAGAGUGCAUGCACACUGGUCAACACACGGAGCGAGCAUGGAAACACACACGACAUAGCAGUGGAGGCUGCUGAGGGGUGGACGGCUCAUAAUAAUGUCUGGAACGGAGUGAAUGGUAUGGCAUCAAACACAUGGAAACCAUGGAAACCAUGUGUUUGAUGUAUUUGAUACCAUUCCACAUACUCCGCUCCAUUACCACGAGUCCGUCCUCCCCAAUUAAGGUGCCACCAACCUCCUGCGCUACAUAGUCAAUACACACAGCCUAAACAGAGAGCGAGACAGAUAGAUUAUCACUUUUAUCUGAAAUACACAGAUAUGUGGCAUUUGCACCUCUCCAAAUGAUACAGUGGAAUGUGUUAACUGAGCUCCCACCCAAGUAAUUUCCCUAUGAAGCUAGUCCCUUAUGAAAAAAAAAUGUUUUGUUUUUACUACUUCUAUAUGUGUAGCUCUGUAAAUGUGUGGACGGUAAAUACAUAGAUGUCAAUUGGGUGCAGGAUGAUGUUGUCUGUCAGCAUGCUGGUCUGUCAGUCUCCUUGGUCAGUGUUGUCAUGUGUAGGAUGAUCUUACAGCUGAAGUCCCAGAGAGCACUAUUUCACUGCAGUAUCACUCACCGGCUAUCAGGCAGUGUAUCUGUCUGCACCUGUCACUAUGCUGCAGAGAACUGGCUGAUGGAUGGACACCGAAACACACACACGCACUCAAACGAGCGCAAAUACACACACACAUUCAAACGAGCGCAGAUACACACACACACACACACACUCAAACGAGCGCAGAUACACACACACACACACACACACACACACACAAACGAGCGCAGAUACACACACACACACACACACACACACACACACACACACACACUCAAACGAGCGCAGAUACACACACACACACACACACACACUCAAACGAGCGCAGAUACAUACACACACACUCAAAUGAGCGCAGAUACACACAUACACACAUACACACACACACACACACCUCACUGGCUUCAGAGUCAGUCAAACAGCCCACACCUCCUCAUGUGUGCAGAAACACUAAUAGCAAUGAGGGUUAAUGAACCCAUAACCCUUGGAGUUAUUAAUGAGUCCUCAUAAUGCAGAGAGGAACAGCGUGUGCUGAGAAUGGAAAUGGAGGAUCCAUGAUUGCAGGUUUAAUGGUUCAUUCAGUCUCAACGACAUUAAAGUGUGGCCUUGCAGGUCCUGAGAGGCACAAUACUGGUUGAAAGGUUGAGAGGAUAUGAGAAUAAUCCUCUCUUCUUCUCUCCACCUCUCUCUCUCUUCUUCUCUCUGUCACCGUCCCUCUUUUCCUCUGUCUUCCUACUCUCCUCUAUCUCCCUUCCUCCCCUUAUGUUUUUCACUCACUCUCCUUCUCUCUUCCUUGCCUCCUUUAUUUGUCUUUCUUUGUCCCCUCCCGUCUCCCGUACUCGUACCUCUCUCUCCCAUCCCUCUCUAGACGUUGAGGGAUGUGAGCAUGGAUGGAGGAAGUUCCAUGGCCACUGCUACAGGUACGUGAGAAAGAAGACCUGACUACGAACCUACCCUCUAAACAUUCAUCUAUAUCAGGGGUGUCAAACUAAUUUUCCCAGUGGGCCGCAUUCGGUCUUCACCGAGGUCCGGAGGGCCACACUUAAAAUGGAUCUGGCCUGCAGGCCUUGAGUUUGAGACGUCAUCUAUAUCAUGUUGUUGUUGUUUAUCCUGUUGAUACAGUAUAGCCUUGAUUUCCAGGCUUAGUAGCUGAGGGAUGAAGGACGUUUGAAUAACACAAUAGAAAUGUAAAGGUAAUUUCCGACUGAGUCGACAUAGCAGCGUUUACGGUGCCUUUACAUUUCAAUCACGCUGUCACGCUGAACUUCCGCAAUGCAGAUUGAAUAGAGCCCUAGUAUUGAUCUAACAUAUAUACCCGUCUUCUUCACUUCAGGUACUUCUCUCACAGACACACCUGGGAGGAUGCAGAGAAGGACUGCAGAGAGCAGAGCGCCCACCUCAGCAGUGUCACCUCGGUCACCGAGCAGGAGUUCAUCAACGGGCUGGGCCAUGAUAACGCCUGGAUCGGCCUGAAUGAUCGCACAGUGGAGGAGGACUUCCAGUGGACUGAUGCCAAUGAACUGGUGAGAUUCCAUAUUCCUCUCUGUGAAUAAUAGCUCAUAUUAUGCUCAGUUUGGGAAUAUACUGCAUUGUACAGUAUGUGAUUUAUACCUGUACUUGAACCUCAAAGUUGGAACACUUUGUGUGUAAAGUGUAUCUGUGUACAACAGACAAUAUACACGCCAUUUAGCAGACGCUUUUAUCCAAAGCGACUUACAGUCAUUCAUGCAUACAUUUUAAGUACGGGUGCUCCCGGGAAUUGAACCCGCUAUGCUGGCAUAGCAAGGUCCGUGCUCUACCAACUUAGCUACAGAAGAGCAUACAUAGGACCCCAUGUAUAAACAGCUGUGUAUUACUUUAUAACAGAUUUAAAGCCAAGAUGAAUACAGUGUAACAUAAGUGUGUGGUAUUGUGUAGGUGUAUGAGAACUGGAGGGAGAACCAGCCUGAUAACUUCUUUGCGGGAGGAGAGGACUGUGUGGUGACCAUCGCCCAUGAGGACGGCAAGUGGAACGACGUGCCCUGCAACUACAACCUGCCCUACAUCUGCAAGAAAAGCACAGGUAGGAUCACAGUACUUAACAUAGCCAUGGUACAACCAGCUCCAUGUCUUCAGAAAGGCACAGGUAAAACAACAAGGAUGCAUUUACAAUAGCGUCCUCAAUACGUUUAAAAAAACAAAACAAAAUGGUGGGUUCCUACUGGAUAGCGGCUUUAAACUGGGUGGUGGCUAGAAACAGUAUGUUACAGGUGAAGUCGGAAGUUUACAUACACCUUAGCCAAAUACAUUUAAACUAAGUUUUUCACUAUUCCUGACAUUUAAUCCUAGUAAAAAUUCCCUGUUUUAGGUCAGUUAGGAUCACCACUUUAUUUUAAGAAUGUGAAAUGUCUGAAUAAUAGUAGAGAUAAUUAUUUAUUUCAGCUUUUAUUUAUUUCAUAACAUUCCCAGUGGGUCAGAAGUUUACUUACACUCAAUUAGUAUUUGGUAGUAUUGCCUUUAAAUUGUUUAACUUGGGUCAAACGUUUCGGGUAGCCUUCCACAAGCUUCCCACAAUAAGUUGGGUGAAUUUUGGCCCAUUCCUCCUGACAGAGCUGGUCUAACUGAGUCAGGUUUGUAGGCCUCCUUGCUCGCACACGCUUUUUCAGUUCUGCCCACAAAUGUUCUAUAGGAUUGAGGUCAGGGCUUUGUGAUGGCCACUCCAAUACCUUGACUUUGUUGUCCUUAAGCCAUUUUGCCAUAACUUUGGAAGUAUGCUUGGGGUCAUUGUCCAUUUGGAAGAGCCAUUUGCGACCAAGCUUUAACUUCCUGACUGAUGUCUUGAGAUGUUGCUUCAAUAUAUCCACAUCAUUUUCCUUCCUCAUGAUGACAUCUAUUUUGUGAAGUGCACCAGUCCCUCCUGCAGCAAAGCACCCUGUCAGCGUCUGGGUGAAGUGGGGAAACGGAAUCAGGCGCAGGACACAGAACUGAGAGAUAAAUGGCUUUACUAGACUCAAAGUAAACCAUAGCAAACCCUCCACGCAGGGAAGAGCAAAACAACAGCUCAACAGACGAUGUAACAAAGAACAAUCACGCACACACCCAGGAGGGAAAACAGAGGUAAUUAUAGGGAAACUAAUAAGCCUAAUGAGUAACAGGUGUGAAUAAUAAAGACAGAACUAGUGAGACACAGAAACAUCGAUCGGUGGCAGCUAGUACUCCGGUGACGAUGACCGCCGAAGCCUGCCCGAGCGAGGAGGAAGGGCAGCCUCGGCCAUAUCCGUGACACCAUUCAUCCACCGCAGGAACCUCGAUCUGGCUCUGAUGCCACGGUGCCAGGACCGGCUGGUAACCUAGUACACACUGAAAAGGAGACAGGUCAGUGGAGGAGUGGCGGAGGGAAUUUUGUGCCAUCUCUGCCCAGGGGAUGUAAACUGACCGAUCCCCCUGCCGGUCCUGGCAAUACGACCUCAGUAACCUACCCACAUCCUGGUUUACUCUCUCCACCUGCCCAUUACUCUCGGGGUGAAAACCUGAGGUCAGGCUGACCGAGACCCCCAGAUGGUCCAUAAACGCCUUCCAGACCCUCGAUGUGAACUGGGGACCCUGAUCAGACACUAUAUCCUCAGGCACUCCGUAGUGCCGGAAGACGUGAGUAAACAGGGCCUCUGCGGUCUGUAGGGCAGUAGGGAGACCGGGCAAAGGAAUGAGACGACAGGACUUAGAAAACCUAUCCACAACGACCAGGAUCGUGGUGUUACCCUGUGACGGAGGAAGAUCCGUAACAAAGUCCACCGAUAGGUGUGACCACGGCCGCUGUGGAACGGGGAGAGGUUGUAAUUUACCUCUGGGCAGGUGUCUAGGUGCCUUGCACUGGGCACACACCGAACAGGAAGAAACAUAAACCCUCACGUCCUGAGCUAAGGUAGGCCACCAGCACUUCCCACUAAGACAGCGCACUGUCCGACCAAUGCCAGGAUGGCCAGAAGAGGGUGACGUGUGAGCCCAAUAAAUCAAACGAUCGCGAACCUCGGACGGAACGUACGCACGACCCACUGGACACUGGGGGGGAAGUGGGCUCCGUGCGUAAUGCCCGCUCGAUGUCCGCGUCAACCUCCCAUACCACCGGUGCCACCAGACAAGAAGCCGGAAGUAUGGGAGUAGGCUCCCUGGUCCGAUCCUCUGAGUCAUAUAGCCAGGACAGAGCAUCUGCCUUAGCAUUCUGGGAACCUGGUCUAUAUGAUAGGGUGAACACAAAACACGUGAAAAACAUGGCCCACCUUGCCUGACGAGGAUUCAGUCUCCUCGCUGCCCGAAUGUACUCCAGAUUGCGGUGGUCAGUCAAAAUGAGAAAAGGGUGUUUAGCCCCCUCAAGCCAAUGUCUCCACACCUUAAGAGCUUUCACAACAGCUAACAGCUCCCGAUCGCCCACGUCAUAGUUUUGCUCCGCCGGGCUGAGCUUCUUCGAGAAGAAAGCACAGGGGCGGAGUUUGGGAGGCUUACCCGAGCGCUGAGACCGUACAGCUCCUAUCCCCGCCUCGGACGCGUCCACCUCGACUAUAAAUUGCAAGGAAGGAUCCGGAUGAGCCAGCACGGGAGCCGUGGUGAACAGCGCCUUCAGCUGACCAAAAGCCCUGUUUGCCUCAGCUGACCACUGCAGGCGCACCGAUCCGCCCUUUAGCAAAGAGGUUAUGGGAGCUGCUACCUGGCCAAAGCCCCGGAUAAAUCUCCGGUAGUAGUUGGCAAAACCCAAAAAUCGCUGCACCUCCUUUACCGUGGUAGGAGUCGGCCAAUUACGCACGGCUGAAAUGCGGUCACACUCCAUCUCGACCCCUGACUCUGACAAGCGGUAUCCUAUGAAGGAGACGGACUGUUUGAAGAACAGACAUUUCUCAGCCUUAACGUACAGGUCAUACACCAACAGUCUACCAAGCACCUUGCGCACCAGGGACACAUGCUCGUCGCGUGUAGCGGAGUAUAUUAGAAUAUAAUCUAUAUACACCACUACACCCUGUCCGUGCAGGUCCCUGAAAAUCUAAUCAACAAAGGAUUGAAAGACUGAGGGAGCAUUCAUCAACCCGUACGGCAUGACGAGGUACUCAUAGUGACCAGAGGUGGUACUAAAUGCCGUCUUCCACUCGUCCCCCUCCCGGAUACGGAUCAGAUUGUACGCGCUCCUGAGGUCCAAUUUUGUGAAGAAGCGCGCCCCGUGCAAUGACUCCGUCAUACUAGCAAUGAGAGGAAGAGGAUAGCUGUAUUUUACGGUUAUCUGAUUGAGACCUCGAUAGUCAAUGCACGGGCGUAAACCUCCAUCCUUUUUCUUCACAAAAAAGAAACUAGAGGAGGCAGGGGAAGUGGAGGGCCGAAUGUAUCCCUGUCCCAGAGAUUCGGUGACAUAUGUCUCCAUAGCCACCGUCUCCUCCUGUGACAGAGGAUACACGUGACUCCUGGGAAGUCAGCGCCCUCACGGAGAUCUAUCGCACAAUCCCCUCGUCGAUGGGGUGGUAAUUGAGUCACCUUCUUCUUACAGAAGGCGAGAGCCAAAUCGGCAUAUUCUGAGGGAAUGUGCAUUGGGGAGACAUGGUUUGGACUCUCCACCGUGGUUGCCUCUACGGAAACACCUACACACCUCCCCGAGCACUGAGGUGACAAUCCCUUGAGAGCCCUCUGUUGCCACGAAAUACUGGGGUCAUGGGUGGCUAGCCAGGGAAGGCCCAGCACCACGGGAAACGCAGGAGUAUCAAUAAGGAAGAGACUAAUUCUCUCCUCAUGACCCCCCUGUGUCUCCAUCCGAAGUGGAACUGUGACCUCCCUAACCAUACCUGACCCUAAUGGGCGACUAUCUAGGGCACGUAUGGGGAAGGGCACAUCUAAAGGCAAUAUAGGAAUCCCUAAUCUAUGCGCAUCCAGUCUAUCCAUGAAAUUCCCAGCUGCGCCGGAAUCUACGAGCGCCCUAUGCUGGGAAGGUGGGGAAAACUCAGGAAAAAUAACAUUUAUCAUCAUGUGAGCAACAGGGAGCUCUGGGUGAGUUGGGUGCCUACUCACCUGGGAUGGUCCCCCAGAACCCUGCCUGCUGCCUCGAUUCUAUGAGGGUCUUCUCCUGCACCGGCCCGCAGUGCGGCCACAGUGCGGCCACAGUUGGUGCAGGAGACCACCCCCUUGCUCGUUCUCUCCGCAUCAGCACUUCCAAGCUCCAUAGGUGUGGACUCGGAAGUGCUGGGGGAUGGACUGGACGGACCCUGAUCUGGACGUCCGCGGGUAGCCAACAGGUUAUCCAGCCGGAUUGAUAAAUCUACCAGCUGGUCCAGGUUAAGAUUAGUGUCCCUGCAGGACAGCUCCCGACGAACGUCCUCCCAUAGACUGCAUCGGUAGUGAUCAAUUAGGGCUCUCUCGUUCCAUCCCGCGCUGGCUGCCAGUGUCCUGAAAUCCAGGGCGAAUUCCUGUGCGCUCCUCCCUCCCUGGCUGAGGUAAAACAGACGCUGCCCCGCUGCUCUCCCCUCAGGCGGAUGAUCAAAUACUGCCCGGAAACGGCGGGUAAAAUCCUCAUAACGAACGGACUCAGCGUCUAUUCCACUCCACUCCGCGUUGGCCCAUUCCAGGGCUCUGCCCGACAGACAGGAGAUGAGGGCGGACACGCUCUCGUAUCCCGAGGGAGCCGGGUGGAUGGUGGCCAGGUAAAGCUCCACCUGGAGCAGGAAACCCUUACACCCGGCAGCUGUCCCAUCGUAUUCCCUCGGGAGCGAGAGCCAAAUACCACUGGACCCAGGGGUUGAGGGUCUUGAUGGAGGAGAAAUCGGUGAAGGAGGAGGUGUAGAAAACCCAACUCUUUCCCAUCGAUCCAUGGUGUUGAUCACUUGAUCCAGAGCUGAACCUAGUCUCUGCAGCAUGGUCGCGUGCUGGUGGAUGCGUUCCUCCACCGAAGCGUUGGGAUCGGGCGUGCCUGCUGACUCCAUAAAGGGUGCGUGAUUCUGUCAGCGUCUGGGUGAAGUGGGGAAACGGAAUCAGGCGCAGGACACAGAACUGAGAGAUAAAUGGCUUUACUAGACUCAAAGUAAACCAUAGCAAACCCUCCACGCAGGGAAGAGCAAAACAACAGCUCAACAGAUGAUGUAACAAAGAACAAUCACGCACACACCCAGGAGGGAAAACAGAGGUAAUAUAGGGAAACUAAUAAGCCUAAUGAGUAACAGGUGGGAAUAAUAAAGACAGGACUAGUGAGACACAGAAACAUUGAUCGGUGGCAGCUAGUACUCCGGUGACGACGACCGCCGAAGCCUGCCCGAGCGAGGAGGAGGUGCAGCCUUGGCCGUAUCCGUGACACACCCUCACAGCAUGAUGCUGCCACCCCCGUGCUUCAGGGUUGGGAUGGUGUUCUUCGGCUUGCAAGUACUCCCUUUUUCCUCCAAAUAUAACGAUGGUCAUUAUGGCCAAACAGUUCUAUUUUUGUUUCAUCAGACCAGAGGACAUUUCUCCAAAAAGUACGAUCUUUGUCCCCAUGUGCAGUUGAAAACUGUAGUCUGGCUUUUUUAUGGCGGUUUUGGAGCAGUGGCUUCUUCCUUGCUGAGCUGCCUUUCAGGUUAUGUCGAUAUAGGACUCGUUUUACUGUGGAUAUAGAUACUUUUGUACCUUUUUCCUCCAGCAUCUUCACAAGGUCCUUUGCUGUUGUUCUGGGAUUGAUUUGCACUUUUCGCACCAAAGUAUGUUCAUCUCUAGGAGACAGAACGCAUCUCCUUCCUGAGCGGUAUGACGGCUGCGUGGCCCCAUGGUGUUUAUACUUGCGUACUAUUGUUUGUACAGAUGAACGUGGUACCUUCAGGCGUUUGGAAAUUUCUCCCAAGGAUGAACCAGACUUGUGGAGGUCUACAAUUCCUUUUCUGAGGUCUUGGCGGAUUUCUUUUGAUUUUCCCAUGAUGUCAAGCAAAGAGGCACUGAGUUUGAAGGUAGGCCUUGAAAUACAUCCACAGGUACACCUCCAAUUGACUCAAAUGAUGUCAAUUAGCCUAUCAGAAGCUUCUAAAGCCAUGACAUCAUUUUCUGGAAUUUUCCAAGCUGUUUAAAGGCACAGUCAACUUAGUGUAUGUAAACUUCUGACCCACUGGAAUUGUGAUACAGUGAAUUAUAAGUGAAAUAAUCUGUCUGUAAACAAUUGUUGGAAAAAUUACUUGCAUCAUGCACAAAGAAGAUGUCCUAAACGACUUGCCAAAACUAUAGUUUGUUAACAAGAAAUUUGUGAAGUGGUUGAAAAACAAGUUUUAAUGACUCUAACCUAAGUGUAUGUAAACGUCCGACUUCAACUGUAUGUUCAUUUGGAGGAACAAAGUCAUCAUGGCAAAUAAGGAUUUAGGAAAUACUGUUUCAUAUGACUUUCCAAGACCUCUUCAAUUUACUCUACAAAGACUUGUAUCCUCUGGUGAUUGCUCUGUUUUGUCAAUAGAAUGUCUGGCAAGGAAACACUCACACUUGACAUAAGAGUGUAAGAGCGUAAUUACAGUUUUAUGAACUCAAGUUGCCAAAAUAAAUAUUGCCUUUUGAUUAAACAUGUCAAUCACAGUGUUUAGUUCAACUGGUUAUUAUUGACUAGUGGAAGACACAUUGUGAAGCUUCAGUCUUUAUUUUCCUUAUCGACAGACAGACAGAAGAGUGCUAUUUCUAAAGAACUGAAAUUCCCCUAGAUACAACCCGAUCAAUUUGCGGGCUGUCAAACCUCAAUAGGCACAAUGAGCUCUCAUAUUUUCCUCUACAACGUGUGAAAAGAGAAUAAAGCUCCAACAUUGCUGACACAACAAACAGAAGUCUGAAUCACAUUUCAUAUUUCAAACUUCCAGUUGAUCUAAACAGAAACCUCCAUCACUUUCUGUUGCCGUUUUAUCUCACCCUACAUGUUUACUUGGGCUGCAAAGCUAACAUUUGCCAUCUUGUAUAAAACUGGCAUUAAAUUGCCAGUGACUGUCUUGGCCGCAGAUCUAUCUCUGAAGUCCCACAAUGCAUCUCUGUGUCAGGUGCCCCUGAUGUAACUGUGGAAUGAGACCUGGAGCAAGGAUUUAUGGGAUAGCCUGAAGCCUAGCUCCUUGAAUACAGAGAGAAAGAGAGAGAGAGAGGAAAAUGGAGAGAGAGAGAGAGAGAGAGAGAGAGAGAGAGAGAGAGGAAAAUAGAGAGAGAGAGAGAGAGAGAGAGAGGAAAAUAGAGAGAGAGAGAGAGAGAGAGAGAGAGAGAGAGAGAGAGAGAGAGAGAGAGAGAGAGACAGAGACAGAGACAGAGACAGAGAGAGAGAGAAAAAGACAUAGAGCGAGAGAGGCAGAGGAAGAGAGAGAGAGAGAGAGAGAGACAGAGAGAGAGAGAGAGAGAGGCUGAGAAAGAGAGAGAGAGACAGAGAAAGAGAGAGAGGCAGAGAAAGAGAGAGAGAGGCAGAGAAAGAGAGAGAGAGACAGAGAAAGAGAGAGAGAGAGAGGCAGAGAAAGAGAGAGAGAGACAGAGAAAGAGAGAGAGUGAGCGAGAGAGACAGAGAGAGAGAGAGAGAGAGAGAGAGGCAGAGAAAGAAAGAGGGAGGGGAGAAUAUGGGAGCUGCCUUGGUUCUCUAAUGCUUGGCAGAGCACCACGCCAACUGCAGAGCAGAGCACCACGCCAACUGCAGAGCACCAUGCCAACUGCAGAGCACCACGGCAACUGCAGAGCACCACGGCAACUGCAGAGCACCACGCCAACUGCAGAGCACCACGCUAACUGCAGAGCACCACGCCAACUGCAGAGCACCACGCUAAAUGCAGAGCACCACGCUAACUGCAGAGCACCACGCCAACUGCAGAGCACCCAUUUUCUCCCUUUGAGCAGCACUCGAUCUCUCUCCAAUUCUCCUCAGGUAUAGGAUUCAGUAGCAAGAGUGCCACCUAGGGAGAAAAAACAGGAUUUGCAAGCCAGAUACCAUUUCUACAGUACACACUGUAUCUUCUUCGUUGUUGCUCAACACUUACUUAAUUGAUUUAACUAAAUUAAUUGACUUAAUUGUUAAUCUCGUCCCAUCUGACAGUGCUUUGUGGAACCCCGCCCUCCGUGGAGAAUGCCCAUCUGAUUGGCCGUCGGCGGUCCCACUAUGACAUCCAUGCAGUGGUGCGUUACCAGUGUGCCGAAGGUUUCUACCAGCGCCACAUCCCCACCGCGCGUUGCCGGGCCGACGGCACCUGGGACCGGCCCAAGAUCAUCUGCACAAAGUGUGAGUAACAAACAGCAGAUUUUGUUUAAAAUAUAUAAAUAUAUACAGUGGUGUGAAAAAGUGUUUGCCCCCUUCCUGAUUUCUUAUUUGUUUGCAUGUUUGUCACACUUACAUGUUUCAGAUCAUCAAACAAAUUUUAAUAUUAGUUAAAGAUAACACAAGUAAACACAAAAUGCAGUUUUGAAAUGAAGGUUGUUAUUAUUAAGGGAAAACAAAAUCCAAACAUACAUGGCCCUGUGUGAAAAAGUGUUUGCCCCCCCUGUUAUAACACAACUCAACUGUGGUUUAUCACACCUGAGUUCAAUUCCUCUAGCACACCCAGGCCUGAUUACUGCCACACCUGUUCUCAAUCAAGGAAUCACUUAAAUAGGACCUGCCUGACAAAGUGAAGUAGACCAAAAGAUCCUCAAAAGCUAGACAUCAUGCCAAGAUCCAAAGAAAUUCAGGAACAAAUGAGAAAGAAAGUAAUUGAGAUCCAUCAGUCUGGAAAAGGUUAUAAAGCCAUAUCUAAAGCUUUGGGACUCCAGCGAACCACAGUGAGAGCCAUUAUCCACAAAUGGCGAAAACAUCGAACAGUGGUGAACCUUCCCAGGAGUGGCCGGCCGACCAAAAUUACCCCAAGAGCGCAGCGACGACUCAUCCAAUAGGUCACAAAAGACCCCACAACAACAUCCAAAGAGCUGCAGGCCUCACUUGCCUCAGUUAAGGUCAGUGUUCAUGACUCCACCAUAAGAAAGAGACUGGGCAAAAAUGGCCUGCAUGGCAGAGUUCCAAGACGAAAACCACUGCUGAGCAAAAAUAACAUUAAGGCUCGUCUCAUUUUUGCCAGAAAACAUCUUGAUGAUCCCCAAGACCUUUGGGAAAAUACUCUGUGGACUGACGAGACAAAAGUUGAAAUCUGGCGUAAAAGUAACACCGCAUUUCAGAAAAAGAACAUCAUACCAACAGUAAAAUAUGGUGGUGGUAGUGUGAUGGUCUGGGCCUGUUUUGCUGCUUCAGGACCUGGAAGACUUGCUGUGAUAAAUGGAACCAUGAAUUCUGCUGUCUACCAAAAAAUCCUGAAGGAGAAUAUCCGGCCAUCUGUUCGUGACCUCAAGCUGAAGCGAACUUGGGUUCUGCAGCAGGACAAUGAUCCAAAACACACCAGCAAGUCCACCUCUGAAUGGCUGAAGAAAAACAAAAUGAAGACUUUGGAGUGGCCUAGUCAAAGUCCUGACCAGAAUCCUAUUGAGAUGCUGUGGCAUGACCUUAAAAAGGCAGUUCAUGCUCGAAAACCCUCCAAUGUGGCUGAAUUACAACAAUUCUGCAAAGAUGAGUGGGCCAAAAUUCCUCCACAGCGCUGUAAAAGACUCAUUGCAAGUUAUCGCAAACGCUUGAUUGCAGUUGUUGCUGCUAAGGGUGGCCCAACCAGUUAUUAGGUUGUAGGGGGCAAUCACUUUUUCACACAGGGCCAUGUGGGUUUGGAUUUUGUUUUCCCUUAAUAAUAACAACCUUCAGUUCAAAAUUGCAUUUUGUGUUUACUUGUGUUAUCUUUGACUAAUGUUUAAAUUUGUUUGAUGAUCUGAAACAUUUAAGUGUGACAAACAUGCUAACUAAUAAGAAAUCAGGAAGGGGGCAAACACUUUUUCACACCACUGUAUAUAUAUAUAUAUAUAUAUAUGUGUUGUCUUAUGCAACCUUUUUCUCGGAUAACAAACCUUUAUUCACCCAGGUAGGCUUUUCUGUAUAAACAUUAGUGUAUUCCUUCUGGUAUGGGCUGAAUAAGAAACAGAGAAGGUAACUGUUGUCACUGCACCAACUCCCUGUGAUCCCCUCCCUCAGCUCGGCGAUCCCACCGGUACCGCCGCAACCACCGCCACGGCCAGCGCCGGGAGCGCAGGAACCACAGGAGAUACGGAGGAGAGGCACACAUGGAGAGGGGAGAGGACGCACACAGCCAAUAA